AGACAGGUCCCACCGUCCAGCCUGCUACACGCUCAGCUGGACACAAAUCUAUUAAAAUAAUAGCCGUCUCAUUCAAUUCUCAUAGCUCUCAUCCUGUAAUGACUCAGUUGAAUACGCCACGCUUCACGCCGGACAGUCCGAUUUCGACUGCGCGCCAAGACGCACGCGUGCCGCUGCGUACCCGAACGUGCUUUACGAAAUACGAACGCCGCGUUCGAAUUAAAAAUCAUUCCUAAAAAAUAUUGUGCCAGUUUGUGUGACCGAACAAUUAAGUUUGCAGUGCAUGUGAAUAAAUUGGAAUUAAAUUCUGUUUUUUAUGGAUGAAUGAAUUUUGUGGCAAUAUUUAUUUUUUGAAAAUAUUCAAUCAACUGUGUGAAUUAUUGGUGUGGUUUACCUUGGUUCGUGUCAAAUUGUCUACUAACUACUUUUAAAACAUCAUCAAGGAGUCAUCUUUGGAGCUAAUAGAUACCUCCAAAAACCAUGAGUAUACGUCAGUCCUUUAGGUGACGUGGCGCAAGUUGUGACCGAUGCGCGUGUCCAGCGCUUGCCUCGACCAAUGAGAGCGCAGCGCGGGAGCAUGGAUGGGCCGUAGAAUGCGCCCCACUCCGGCGCCGAUAUACAUAUUCCUUCUCAUCUGUACCGGUGGCUAUGCUUUUAUACCUGGCGUUGAUGGUCCAGUGUCCAACGUGGAAGCUCUGGAGGGCGGUGACGUCACGCUGCGCUGCGACUCAACCCCUGACUCCUCCGACGAUGAGUUCAUGAUCCUCGUGUGGUACAAGAAUAAUAUGCCCAUAUACAGCUUCGAAGUACCAGACAAGCAAUGGUCGGAGCCAUCGUUCAACACGACUGCACGACUGACAGCCAACAUUCACUCCCAGCCGACUUCCAUCACCAUAUCCUCGCUGUCGGAAGACGAUCAGGCGAUGUACCACUGCCGGGUCGACUUCCGACUCUCCCCCACCAGAAAUGUGGGCAUCAAUGUCACUGUAGUUGUGCUUCCAAGCCCACCAUUCUUCAUGGACGAGAUGAGCAACAAAGUGGUCGGCAGAGUCGGUCCCUACCACGAUGGAGACACCUUGGUGUUACGCUGUCUUGUCAUAGGAGGUCGUCCGCCGCCCCGGAUAAGCUGGUACUCCGGGGACACGCUGGUAGACGCUUCAGAUGGCGACAGCGAGAUCCCUGCAGUCAGAGAGAACGAGCUAUACCUUCCUCUAACCAGAGACAAUGCUGCAGCCCUCUCGUGUAGAGCUUCGAACACGCAUCUAGCGCCACCUAUUGUUGCCAGCUUGGAUGUUGAAUUGUAUUUACCAGCAUACAACGUGUCAAUCCACUGGGUGCGCGGCACGGCGGGUGACGCGUUACGAGUGGGGGGCGUUGCGCUCGCGCAGUGCACGGCUCGCGGCUCCUACCCGCAGCCCGAACUGUCAUGGUGGCUCGACCAUAAGCAUCUUACGCAUCAUAGUAAUCAGACCUGGUUCAACUCAUCUCUAACAGCGAUAUCGUACCUAGAGCUUAGUCCGUCUAUCGGUGACAACGGCGCGACGCUCGCGUGCGUCGCCACCAACCCGGUGAUGGCACCCAACAGGGGCUCCAAGGCUGAUGUUAUUACGCUUAAUGUUACAUAUAGUCCAAUGGUGGACGUGAUAAAACUGGGCGAUGGAAAUCUGAAUGAAGUAGUGGAGUUAGACUCACUACAGUUGGAGUGCGACGUCAGAUCCAACCCGCCCGUUGAAGAGUUUAUGUGGUAUUUUAAUGAUAUUAAAAUAAGAUCCGGUGGUAUAUGGGGUGACCUGGUCUCAUCUCACCAGCUGCUGGUGGAAGAGGCGACGCGAGCGCACGCGGGACGAUACUCGUGCGCAGCUGUCAACGCCAUCGGCGAGACUAGAUCCGAUACUAUACUUAUUACUGUAUUUUACCCACCAGAAUGCACAGGCUACGGCAUAAGACUUGUCAAAGAAACAAUCCACUGCAUCGUCAAAGCGUUACCAGCACCAGACACUUACUUCUGGUACCUCCAACCAGCAGGCUUUGAGGUCCAACAGCUAACCACAGGGUCCCCUAUACUGCCUCUUGAUCAGAUCACGGGACCUCUAGCUGAGACCUUGAAAGCUAGUUGUGAAGCCAGUAAUGGGGUAGCAACGCAAGAGGAACCUUGUGAUCGAGUGUUCACUUUCGAACAUCUAAGACCCCCUCAGCCGCAAGAGUGUGAUAUUGCUUACGAGUUUGGGGAGUUCCAGAUGAAGUGUAUGCCAGUUGAGAACGCAACAUACUACGAGGUGUCAGUGUGGCGCAUGUCGGAGAGCAACUCGACGCUGGUGCUGGAGCGACGCGCCAGCAUGGGCUUCGGCAGCGGCAGGGCGCUGGCUGCCGGCGGCGCCAGUGUGGGAGUGCGCGCGGCGCUGGGCAGCGUGCGGCGCGGCGACGAGGCGGGCGCCAGGGCUUGCAAUAGAUAUGGAUGCUCAGCACCCAUGCUACUGAGGCCUACUGAUACCCUGCUACAUGCGGCCGAACCGCCUUGGUGGUAUUUUUUCCUGGAAAAAGACGUGGGCAUAUCAAUAGGGGCAGUGGUACUGGUGGCAGUGUUCCUCAUAUCAUCAGUGCUGCUGGUGAGGCUAGCGAGGAGGCCGCGCUCGAAGCCGCAGCCCGUCAUACAAGUGCUGCAGCUAGACGACGUGGCGAGGAACUAUCUGGAUAAUAUUGGAGAGCACAAAGUGCACGCAUCAUGCAGCCUGCGCUCCUGCAGUAGCGGCUACUCAGACGCGUCGGGGGACUCAGCCCCACCUGAGCGCCGCCGCAAGCCCGCCUGGGAGCGAUGGGAGCCUCCGCCCCCCGACGUCACGCUAACAUUACAUAGAGAGAGCGCUGUUUGAACGACUGAUCAUAUUUGACAUACAGGAAAAGGCAAGGGUUCAAAAAUGUAAAACCACCAGUUGCCAUAGAAUGGCUGAAUUAGAAAAACAUUUGAAGGUUUACUUUUGUGAUCGCAUUCUGCAAACUCAUUUUAACCAGUCUUCGAAUAUUUCUCGUGUCGUCUAAUGCUUAAGAAUUAUAAGUUGGGGGGCUCUGUCCCUUCGCUCUCCCGCCUUUGCAAGUCCGCCUGCAAACAUUCGGAGCUAUGGAGCUGUUAUAUCUUGUCAUACCCUGAAUACAUUAAAAUAAAAAAGCUAGUAACUGAAAACAUGAUUGAGACAUUUAUCACUUACCAUCGAUACCGGCUAUGAAAUCAUAUCAUCUAUGCUUGACUAUCUUUUAAGAAAUUAAAUGUAAAAAACGACUGAUUUAAAAAACUGGCCUAAUAUCCUUCGAAGAUAUUUCAGUGUUUGCAUAGGUACUCGAAAGGCUCCUGAAAGUUCUUGUGCUGACCGCCUGAUAUACCCAUCUGCCGUUAAUUGUACGGGAGGAGUUAAACAGCUGAGGAUUGUUUUAAUAAUUCUCCAACCGACUUUCUUGCCAUAAACAAAAGUAGUACUUAACUAUUCGAAAACCUAGACCAUGAACCUUUAAAUAAAACCUUUAUACAAGUUUCAAAUAAAUAAAUCUAAAUUAGAAAAACUUCUUAUUUCACUGCCAUACUGUACAGUUUUAAAUAUAAAUUCAAAGAUUAAACAAAAAAGAUAGAAUAGAAAUAAAUAAUUAAGUUACUGUUGCGCCAUCUAUUGUAAGCUUUUGGAAACCCUCGCCGCCAUUACUGUUUUACGAGUUUACGACUUUAUGAAAGUGACUGUUUUUGAUUGACUGAAAUAUUUAGAACGCGUUGUAUUAUAUUGAAUGUAUGUAUGUUCUUCUGUUGCCACUGAGUGUAGUAAUAUUUGUAAUAUAAAUGUUAAAUAUUCUGACUUAAUAAAGUUUAUUUAUUUGUGUCAAUGUGAGCGAUAAUUUCAACGGGACACUUCAAUAUGUAAAAACUGUUCAGUUACACGCUAAAUAAUUUAUAAUGCGUUCUAAGAAUACUUAUAGUAAAAUUGAUAUUGUCAGUCGAAAGUUUAAUUAUAUGUGAAAUGUAUAAAGAUGUAUAUUGCCAAUGUGAAUGCAUGUGAUGCAUAGACAAUUGAAAUUAAAUGUUUUCUGUCUAUGGCCGUAUAUGAUAUUGUGAUCUAGAUUUAAAAGCGAGGAAAAGUUGGAAGGAAUCUGACUCACAAUAACAUACUACGGUACAUUUUGUAAAGUUAAUGUCUUUUAAAUACAAAACCUGCAUUUAUAAGUUUACGGAUUUGCUUACCAAACCACCCCUUAUUUUAAUCUGUGCCAUGACCAAGAAGGCUCUGGUCCAACGAAAAUAAAACCAGGCUUUAAAUUAUUAUAUAUUUGUUUAUUACAAGCUUAAAUUUAGAAAUAUUAUAUACUUAAUUAAUUAAGUAAAUCUAAUAAUAAAUAUUUAAAAACUAAUAA